AUGAUGCCUCGUAGGGCUUCCGGGAGCUCCGUUGGCGUCCCACCGCGCAGCAACGAUGACGGGUACGGCGAUGACGACGUACCCUCUGGGGCCAUGCGCAGGCCUCCUCCGCCCAAUAGUGCAUCUCAUGGCGUGCCGCUUCCCGGGCGCGCGGCCGCCUGGACGGAUGACGCGGAGUACACAAUGCCGCCGCCAAUAUCUAUCAAGGGAGAGGACUUCGAGAAAGAAGUUGUCAAAGCAGCGGCGCUUCUUGUGGCGGAACGAGAGAUGGCUCGAGAAGAGGCGCGGAAGCAGGGCAAGCAAGACUGGUCAGGCGUCGAUCCCACCCCGGGGCACGAAGGCCCAAGAAAGAGCAAGAAGGCGCGCAGCGGCGGCCGUUCCAUGGGAGAAGAGACCGACGAGCGCAAGAAGCGAGAACCAAGCAGUCGAAAGGACGAAAAUGAUGGCGACCAUCGGCCAAGGAGCAAGAAGACGCGCCGCGACAGCAGCGGUGACAGGCAUGGCUCCGUCGGGAAGCGCGCAGACGAGCGCAAGGGCAAGACGAGGACUCGAGAAGAAAGCAAAGGAGGGCCGCAGGGUGAUGAUCGAGACAGGAAGCGUGAGGAUAGCAGCAGAAGAUCGCACAAGGAUAAACAGAGAGACUCGCGAAGCGGCAGCCGCACCCGCCGCAGCAGCAGCAGAGCGAGGGACAACGACCUUGAUUCAUCGAAGUCCUUACCCAAGCAGGGCUCCUCUACUUGGGAUCGCAAGGACUUCAACAGCAGUCCUUGGGAAAACCAGCACCAAGCGACGGGUGGUUUCUACGUGCACGUUGGGGGGCUAUCAUUCUCAACGACAUUUACCACGCUCGCCAAGCGUUUUGCGGCCUUCGGCGAUGUCAACGGAUUCAAGGUGAUUUUCAACAAAGUCAGCUGCAGCGCGGAAGAAACAAGCAAACGGAAAGGCUCCAAAGAGGAGGUGACCAAGGCCGCUGUGGUCACAGCAAGCUCCGGCUUCGCCUUCAUCAGCUUCGACAACGAACGGGGCAUGGAGAAGGCGGUCGAGUGCAUGGAUGGCCAGAAGUUAGAUGGAAAUAUUCUCAAGGUGACCCGCGGCGGGCGCUUGCAAGGAAGGCCGCACAGUGGUGGGAGAGCUUUCCGUGCACAGGCGGAACCAACGCCUCCGAACCAGGGCCCGCCCCGUCGAUGGCAGGAAUCCAAGGGAAAUCACAACAAACACGAGCAUGACCAGGAAUACCAUCCAAACCAGGGACGUCACGCUAACCCCAGACCGGAGCCGCAGGGAAGCUACACUAAACCCAGGCCGGAACAGCAGGGAUACCACACUAAACCCAGACCGGAGCAGCAGGGAUACAACACUAGACCCAAACCGGAGCAGCAGGGAUACAACACUAUGCCGAGACCAGAACAGCGGGGAUACUACACAAAGCCCAAGCUGCAGCAGGAGGGAUACCACACCAAACCCCGGCACGGGAGAGGAGACAGCCGCUCCGUAGAGCUCAUUGAGGCGAUCAAGGAAUCCGGUGGUGGUAGUGGCCGCGGUAAACUUGCCGAUGACAAAGAUCGCGGCGCCACCGACGAUCCCCUCGGUGCCCUCCGCUGUCCUCGGCCUUCUGCCACUUCGCGGAAGGAGGCGAGUGCCUCGGUUAAGCCGGCGGAGGUCAACGGCCGCGUUAAAAUUGGAUACGGCGGGAAAUCGACCAGCCGCGACGCCACUGGUAGUAACGGCGACAGCAGCUUCAGGAAAGUCGUAGAAACGAGGGAAAAUGCCCGGCCAUCCAACACCAGCAGCUCUGACACGCGGCGAAUCACCGACCGCCUAGGUUCGAAGACAUCAUUUGGACGUUCGUAGAUCCACAUCGCGUACC